CUGAUGUCCAAUGUCAAAAUCCAUGCUAAAACUCAGUGUUCCCUGAUAACAGUGAUAAUACUAACAAAUUAUUAGUUUCCAUAUAAUAAACACUACAAAAACGGCGCCGCGGGGUUCAUGGCAGUAGGGAAGGACCCAGGCUCUGGGACCCCGCUGUACCCGGGCCGGGGCCGCUCACGGCUACUCUACGAGGAGAGGCGGGGUGCGGCCGCGGCGUGGCGCCCCCUGGAGGCCGCGGGGACACACCGGUCGCGCCGGCGCCGCCACCCGGAGCGCAGCGGAGCGCGCGCGGCGCGACGGGGGAUCCACGAUGGCGCUGUCCCCCGCGGAGAGGGCGGCGGUGCGCGCGCUGUGGAGGAAGCUGGGGAGCAACGUCGGCAUCUACGCGACCGAGGCCCUAGAGAGGACCUUCCAGGCCUUCCCGACCACCAAGGCCUACUUCCCCCACUUCGACCUGAGCCGCGGCUCCGCCCAGGUCAAGGCCCACGGCCAGAAGGUGGCGGACGCUCUGACGCUCGCCGUGGCGCACCUGGACGACCUGCCCGCCGCCCUGUCGGCGCUGAGCGACCUGCACGCGCGCCAGCUGCGUGUGGACCCCGUCAGCCUCCGGCACCUGGGCCACUGCCUGCUGGUGACCCUCGCCCGGCACUACCCCGGAGACUUCAGCCCGGCCAUGCACGCCUCGCUGCACAAGUUUCUGAGCCACGUGAUCUCGGCGCUGGCCUCCAGCUACGGCUGAACUCGGGGAGGGGCGUCGAGGGACCCCCGACCCCUAGCCGCCCCUCCCGCGAGUCCCAGAGUUCGAAUAAAGUCCCCGCAAG